AUGCUUACUAUCGCGAGAUUGUUUUCUUGAUGAAGUUCUGAACUUGGACGGGUUUUUUUAAAAGAGGAUAUUUCCACUUAGUGUGUCUCUUUUAUUCACGAACGCUGUUGAAGAACAAUGGACAAACUUUUUGUGUUACUGAUCCUCACCCCCGCGGUUUUAGGGGUGAAAAACUGCUGCUUCCCCUCACAGUUCGAGUGUGUGGAAGGGCUUGUUACCGGAAGCGCUGAUGACGAGGGCCAUACGUCUGUUACAACGGGUAACCUUCAACUUUCGUACGAUGCGAGUGGGAGAAGGAUUUAUGUUCUUGAACAACUGCAAACAGGAAACAUCACGGAGACAUAUACACUUAUUCAGCUCUAUAAUGAGAAUAUGCAGUAUAUUAUUCAUAACGGAACGUGCACAGGCGGUAAACUUGGCUCUUGGGAUAACAGGAACUGCAUACCAGACAAUGCAACAGCAGGGACAAACUUUAUACUCGGACAUCAGCAAUCAGCUUUGGUCACCCCUUAUAUGUGGAACCUGGCAGACGGAACUUCCCUAACCAUGACUGUUACAGACAAUUGCACACCCCUUUCUGAACUCACGUAUGGCACAAGGGAAGGCACUUCAUUUUUGUCCGGUGUGGAUUUCAAUAACAUCAAUCUUGGUAUCAAGGACCCAACUGUGUUCGUGGUGCCGGACAUCUGCAAACAACAGGCCUUGGGGCAGACAAUUUACCGGAGGAGAAGAAGUCAUCUUUAUUGAAAGAAUUGAGUGUCGUGUACCCGUAUGCGUUUGUUCAAGGUGUAAUCUUAGUUACAAUAAAACUUUUUUUUUAAUAAUAAACUAGAAGACAAAUAAAGGCUUGUUGUGUAUUCAUAUCACAUUGCAGCUGUGAUAGAGCUCUCUAACUGACAAAAACGAUUUUGGACAACAACCUGGUAACUUGUACUAGAAUUAUAUUCUAUUUCAGUCCCAUUU